AAGCACUUGCUCCGCUGACCGAGCACGCAGCACAGCUCCGCUCUCUAUUACUGCACAAGUGAAAUAAUCGGCUCGUGAUGGACGGGUGCGCACAGAUGUGUAAAUGUUUCCUGAUCCUGUUUAACAUCCUGUUCGCUCUGCUGGGGCUCGGUCUGGUGGCUCUGGGAAUGUGGCUCCGCUUCGGCGCAGAGACCCGAGGAUUCUUCGACAUCGAUCUGAACACCACACAGUUCAACAUCGGAGUGAUGGUGCUGGUGGUCACCGGGGUCCUGAUGCUGCUGGUGGCCAUCAUCGGUGACUGUGGCGCGUGUAACCACAGCAAACCAGCUCUCAGUGUGUUUUCUGGCCUGCUGUCCGUUCUGAUCAUCAUUGAAAUCGCAGCUGGUGUGAUGGCCUUCACGUGGAGCGGACGGGUGGCAGAUGAGUUGGUGAAGUUCUACACUACCAUCUACGCUCAGUAUCUCAACACCAGGAGCCCUGGUCAAGCAGUUACCCUCAGAUUAUUCCACAACGCUUUCGACUGCUGCGGUGUCGGUGGACCGAUUGAGGUGUUUGUGCGAGACACCUGUCCAGACGGCAACUUCCUGAAGCAGAUCUCAUAUUCUAGCUGUCCCGGCGUGAUCAAGGACGUCUUCAACUCGCACGCUCCGCUGGUGUUGGGAGGGUUUCUGGGGACAGCAGGAAUCAUGACGCUGGCGCUGGUGUGCAGCUUUGUCCUCAGAAGACACGUCUCACCGUCUCACGCAUCUCCUCCUUCAUACGUGCUCCUCACCUCCUCACCAUCAGUCAUCUUUCCUCCUCCAGCUGCGCAGCAGAUAUAACCGUCUGCGUCUCUCUCUGUCUCUCUCUCUCUCUGUCUGUCUGGCAGCUGGUGGCUCUGGUGUGCAGCUCUGUUCUCUGUAAGAGUCUGAAGACGUCUCACUACUCGUCUCCUCUCAUCUACUAAGUCUCAGCCUCCACUCAUCUUUCUGAUGGAUGGAUGAAUGCUUUCUUUGGGCAAAGGUCAAGGGAAUCACGUGUGUGUGUGUGUGUGAGUGUG